GCUUCGGCAAAGCUCAACUGUCAAUUGCUCAAAAAGAAACAACAGUUGGCUCUCUCUCUCUCUCUCUCUCUCUCUCUCUCUCUCUCUCUCUCUCUCUCUACUGACUUAAAUUAACAAAGAUUGGAUAUCAGAGCAAUCAGAUAUAUUCAGUUCAAGCAAGAACUGAAAGUCUGAAACAACAGCAAUGCGCUUUCAAGAACAAGGAGAAAAUUCCAAGAAGAUGACACUGGAAAGAGCUACGACACCGAAAAUGUCCUCCCCCUGCCACAGCACCACCAACUCCAUGGCCAUCUCUCUGUACAAACGCAGUACCUCACAUUCGUCCCGUUCUUCAUUCAGAACCUUAACGCAUUCAAAAGGAAUGAUUGCCCCGUGGUGUGAUUCCUCUGGAGGCUGUCCGGCGUCGAACAUGAGGUCUCUUAUUGCCGUUUUGCCCAAAUCUCCAUCACCCAUUUGCAGCGAUUGCUCCAGCCCUCGAGACUCAACAACUUGCUCUACCCUAUCGCAAACAUCCAACUCUCAAGUUCCCACUUCGUGCCCCGCAAGAAACCUGAGCUCCUGCAUUGUGUCCUUUGAUGGUCCCACUUCUCGUAAGGACAUAGAUGGAUGGAUGGAGAACGCCAAAAGUUGUUGCUGGGUUCGUCAGCCCUAUUUGCUGAACAACCAGUUUAAAGCUCUUGAUCAGGAACUUUCCGGCCCGACUCUACCUUCAACUGAAGAGCUGAGCUAUCAAGCAUACGCUGAUAGCAUGCAUGGAGCCUUCGGAGCCCGAAGCCAGAACGAUGGACAGCAUAAAUUGCUGAGUCACCUGGAACCUCACCAUGCAUUAUUUGAUGAAGUCAAGAGGCGGGAGCUUGAAGCUGAUAUAGAUGCAUGGAAGAAAGCUAAAUUUCUGGAACUCGUGGACGAACUGGAAAGGAAAGAAGCUGCUAUAAGUAUUUGGGAGUUUGAGAAGACCAAGAAGGCCAUGGAAGAGUUGGAGAAACUUGAGAGCAAGCUGGAGAGAAAACGUUUGCGGGAAAUUGAGAAGACACAGAAGAAAAUAGGCAGAGUCAAUAAAGAGGCAAACAAGAAAAAAUCAAAGGCUAGACGAUCUACAAUUGAGGAGAUAUCAGCAGUUUCAGCAAUUACAGAGAAGAUCCGGGCCACCAAGAGUUUUCUGCUGCUCGCGCUUAAGAAGUUCUGUUAGUUCCCAAUUGUUUGUUCCAUUGUCAUCACUGUUUCUUUCCCAUGAGAGAAACGGGUUUUUAAGAAACAGACUUCUUUAACAUAAGAGUUCAUUUGGCUAUACUUUUUGUCACCCAAUUGUUGGGAGUUUAGGGUGGUGCUUCUGCUUCAGUAAA